UGGUAGUUGAGUCUCUGGUUGUUGAUGUUAGACAGUCGCACAAGGCGAAGCGGCUGCUGCCCGUGUUGAUUCAGCCUCCUCCUCCUCCUCCUCCUCCUCUUCCUCCUCCUGGUCUUCAGCACUGCUCCCCGCUGGACAGCUCCUGCUUGGACACUCUGACGCUGCAUGGUCCCUUUAAGUCUUUUAAUGGAAGUAACAUCUAUUUAUGUUCCAAGAAAUAUCGGGAGUUUACAACUUCAUCCACAGGAGGAAUCUACGGAUACCUCGUUUCGAGAUUUGUGGCAGGCAGCAUAUCUCAGGCGGCACAGAUCACAGAUUCAUUGUUAACGGCAACUGACGAGCCGUGUGCGUUCAGGCUUCAUCCCCCAGACAUUUGGUCCAAAGGUUAGGUCUAAAAACCGCGAAGCUGCUGUCUACGUGGACUGGUGCUGAAGCCUCCCGUCCGACUGCCAGGACCUCUGCCAAAUCCAGAGACAUGGCGACGAACGGCACCAAAACGGAUGGACAAGUCACAGAACUAAACGAAGUGGCCACUAAUAAUGACAAACCCAAGACACUGGACGUGAAACCCGAAAAGCAGAAAAAGGAGAUGCCUGAUAGAGAAACAUGGGUGGGCAAAUUUGAUUUUCUUCUGUCGUGUGUGGGUUAUGCAAUUGGACUGGGGAACGUAUGGAGAUUUCCCUAUCUCUGUGGAAAAAACGGCGGAGGAGCCUUCUUGAUUCCCUAUUUUUUGACUCUCAUAUUUGCUGGGGUCCCCUUGUUUUUGCUGGAAUGCUCACUUGGUCAAUACACCUCAAUUGGAGGGCUUGGUGUGUGGAAACUGGCUCCUAUGUUUAAAGGUGUGGGCCUUGCAGCAGCUGUCCUGUCCUUCUGGCUCAAUAUUUACUACAUUGUAAUCAUUGCUUGGGCCAUUUACUACCUGUACAACUCCUUCACCACUGAACUUCCGUGGAGCUCAUGUAAUAAUCCAUGGAACACAGAGAAAUGUUAUACAAACCACACGAUUCCAGAUACCACCAAUCUCACCAGCUCAGUGUUGGAGUUUUGGGAGCGCAACGUGCAUGAAAUGACCGAGGGCCUGGAAAAACCAGGGCAGAUUCGAGUGCCACUGGCAAUAACACUGGCUAUUGCCUGGGUCCUUGUGUACUUCUGUAUCUGGAAAGGGGUUAGCUGGACAGGGAAGGUCGUUUACUUCUCUGCUACAUAUCCCUACUUCAUGCUGUUUAUUCUCUUCAUCCGUGGGGUGACUCUUCCGGGGGCUAGCGAUGGAAUUAUGUUCUAUAUCACCCCUGACUUUGAAAAACUCAAGCAAUCGGAGGUAUGGUUAGAUGCAGCUACCCAGAUCUUUUUUUCCUACGGACUGGGUUUGGGGUCACUUAUAGCUCUUGGUAGCUACAACCCUUUCAACAACAAUGUUUACAGAGACUCUGUCAUCGUGUGCUGUAUCAACUCAUGUACCAGCAUGUUUGCUGGCUUUGUGAUCUUCUCUAUUGUCGGCUUCAUGGCACACGUGACAAAGAAAGACAUUGCCGACGUAGCAGCUUCAGGUCCUGGCUUAGCUUUUCUAGCCUACCCGGAGGCUGUAACCCAGUUGCCUGUGUCUCCUCUCUGGGCCAUUCUGUUCUUCUCCAUGCUGCUCAUGCUGGGGAUAGACAGCCAGUUCUGCACGGUUGAAGGCUUCAUCACCGCUCUGGUGGAUGAGUUUCCCAGAGCUCUUAGGGGUAGACGAGAGAUCUUCAUCGCAGUUGUCUGUCUGGUGUCCUAUGUGAUCGGACUUUCAAACAUCACACAGGGUGGGAUCUAUGUGUUCAAACUGUUUGACUACUACUCUGCCAGUGGAAUGUGUCUGCUGUUCUUGGUCUUCUUUGAAUGCAUCUCCAUAUCCUGGUGCUACGGUGUGAACAAGUUCUACGACAACAUCGAAGAGAUGAUUGGCUACAAGCCCUGUAUAUGGUGGAAGAUGUGUUGGGUCGUGUUCACCCCUCUCAUUGUUGCGGGGGUGUUCUUGUUCAGCGCCGUACAAAUGGUUCCUCUCACAAUGGGAGAUUAUGUGUUCCCAGGCUGGGGUCAGGGAGUAGGAUGGCUCAUGGCGCUGUCCUCCAUGGUACUCAUACCCGGAUACAUGGUAUAUAUGUACCUUGGUCUUAAGGGUACUUACAAAGAGCGCCUUCGGAUAAUGCUCCAGCCUCCUGCAGUAGUCAAGCGGCGUCAGGAGAACGGACCUGAGCAGCAGGCGGAAACCAACACAGCUAACCUCUCCAGCCCAGCCAACCCUGCCAGUCCCGCUAACCCGGCCCCUGCAAACCCCGCAAGCCCAGUCAAUCCGGCUCCUGUUAACUCAAACCCGGUGACUCCGGCUAACCCAGCUCCUCCGCCAGCGGCUGCGAGUCCGGUGAACCCGGUGACCAGCCCGGCCGCCACCAUCACCACCACCACCACCACCACUGGCAGUGUGGCGAACACAGCCACUGUUACCACAACCAGCCCGACCAGCCCACCACCAAACCCAGUGAGCCCAUCGGAGCCUAUCAACCCCCCAAACCCCACAAGCCCAACCUCUAACCUGACCAAUGCAGAGGCCAACGUGUAGACAACAAAGAAACCCUCAUGGAGCAUGUAGACAAAAGAGAACAAUAUAAAGGACUUCCAAGAUUAUAAUUGAUUCACCUACCUCCAGGGGCAAUAUGUGAUCAAAACAGAUUUUCGAACCAUGUUUAAUUUUUCUGCAUUUGUAAAAGCCAAGCCAAUGAUGUCUUAUUGUUGGUUUGCAUUCUGAAAACAAUAUCAAAGACUGUUAGUGUUCACAAUUACAACCGUAAAUCUGAAAAAAAAAAAAUGUAAACAUACUGUGUAAUACUGUGAGAAAAGAAAAAAAACAUAGAGAUAUAGAUUAGAGAUUUGUUGAAUAUCUUCAUGAAUCAAGUAAAUACAGUGUGAAUAUAGUAGAUGAAGUAGUGAACAAAACUGACAUCAUUGAAGAGUGCUAGGGAUUAUUGUGGAUGUUUACCAAACCUCACACAGUUGUCUCUUUUCCAAACGUCACACUCUGUGAGGUAAACUACAGGCCACAAGGCAAACGGGGAGCUCUGAGUAAGCACAAUGCCAAUAAGAAGUUCAUGUUUAGGAGCUCUGGAGUAAUCCAGUAUGUGUUGCAAAAGAUUUGUGUGUGAGAGAGACUGUUAUUUUUUUCCUUCCUUUUUUUUUCAGUGAAAAAAAGAGAAAACUUUUAUGUGAUCGAAACAUUUUUAGAAUUAUUUUUAGGAUGUUUUAUACUAUAUGUGUUGUGAAGGAGGACCAAAAUCAAUAGGCAGACAAAAGCAAAAACUAUGCCAUUUAGUGUUCGGUUGGCAAAGCACAGGGUACAAAGAAGUACAAAAAAAAAGCACAGGGUUAGAAAAGUGAUUUACAAACAUCGACUAUCCCUUAAUGCUGACAGUCAGUCCUGUUUACGUUUUGCAUGCUUUCCUCAGGAACAUCAGUGAAAAAUACCUGAAAUGUCUCCUGACAAAUAAAAAAAAAAAGAAGAAGAAGACGAAGAAGAACAGAGAAGGCCUUAAGCCAAUACACCAAUUUCAUCUAAGCCAUAGUCUGUUUACAUGACUGGGCACAACUACAAAAUACCACUUUGUAUACUAGCACAAAACCUGGACCAACUCUGUGUUAAAGUAGAGUCAUUAUUUUUUUCUUUAUGUGUGAUGAUCAAUCAUAGUUUGAUCAAUAUGUAUUCAGCAAUACAUAUGUAGAUGUAUAAGUGCAGGCCAGUAAGCAAGUGGUCUGUUUCUAUUUUUGUUUAUGUUGUCUUUGCUUUACUAGUGAAAAGCACAAAGCUUUAAUUUCCCCAGACUUUUGCCAUGGCGUGUUAGGACAAUGUUAGUUUGCUUCUAUGGCAGCUACUGUGAAAGGCAUCUGGUUGAACAGAACAUGUUUACUUUGAAAAGCAAAACAACUGAGCGAAAAUGUGAAAUGGCUACAGUUCAUGUCCUGUGAAUUUUGUAUAAAGUUACUCUACCACAGUUUUCUCUGGAACUUUGUUGUAAAACUGUACUGUGUAAAACAUGUAACUGUGAAUGUCUGUAAUACAUUGGAAGUUAUUGUCUAAAUGUUGAAAAAAUGGAGUUGCUGUUUUCUGCAAUAAUAUUUUGAUCACAGAAGCUAAAGCACAUAUCUUACAGAAAUAUACGAAAUGAUGAUGACAAUGAAGAUGCUGACGAUUAUAUUAAAAAUAGAAACUAUGUCUAGUAAAACAAUAUUGUUUUGUAUAUUUUUAACUGUCUCACUGCCUAAUGUAAAACAUGAUAUAAACAUGAUAUGUAUCUAAAUGGUGUCACAUGAUAAAGCACGAUUGUUAUGUUAUACAAACAGAAAAAGACUGAAAAAAUAAAGAAUUAUAGAAAAUAUAAA